AUGUCCACGACAGAGUGGGCGCUCGCGACGUCCAAGGCCCCCGAGGGCUCGGACCGCCCCGCGGAGCUCGUCGGUCAGGUCGUCAAGGCCGACUUCCAGCCCGUCCUCGAGUCCGACGAUGUCAAGGCUGCCCUGAAGCGUGUGCCCAAGCUCCUGGACGGUCUGCAAGACACCAUGGAUGUGGACUCGGCCGGCGAGGAAGACUAUGCGACCCUUCUGGCUGCUGCUGUUGCGCUCCAGCAUGCGUUUGUCCAGGCUAACUGGACCGGCCCCGACCUCAAGUUCACACCCGCUGACGUCGUUGCCUGGAUCACCGGCACGGACUCGUCCGACAAGGAUGCCGCCAACACCAAGCUCAACUCGGCUGCCCUUCCCUACCUCACUCUUCUCGGCGAGCCCGCCUACCACCUCGCUGCGCACCCCGCGCUCUUCCUCCUCUCUGUCCGCAUCCUCAAGUACCUCGCGGACAAGAAGGUCCCUCUCGUCACUCUGCCGUGGUGGAGGUUGCGAUCGCACCUCGUCCAUCUCGCCCUCCUCGACGAGGCCGUCCCGCUGGAUGACGAGAUCGUGGGAGAUGUUGGAGCUCUCAUCCCAUCCGCUCCGGACGCCGACACUGCCGCUAUGCUUUCCCUCGAGCUCGGUCUCCUCCACUACAAGCUCGGUCAGGACAAGCCCGCGAACAACGCCUUCCUUACUGCUGCUCGGGCGAGCGGCCUCGAGUUCGAGCUCACCGGAGCUAUGGGCAAACGGACAAAGUUCCAGACCCAGGACCACUCCCAGCUUCUUCUGCUCGCCGAGUCGCGGAAACGUGACGGCGAGGACGGCAAGGUCGUCCCCUCGAAGGGUGCUCCCGAGGCGCUCAAGCUCAACGACGACACGCUGCUGGAGCAGACCGAGUACACGAGCACGACCGGUGGUUCUGGAGCCCUUUCGCACCUCGAUCCCGGAAACCAGCCGGCGCUGCACCCGCUCGACCAGGCGCUGCUCCUCUCGCUGUGUCUGAACCAGGCGAACAGUUCGCCGUCGCACGGUCUCACGAUCCAGCAGAUGAUGCCCUUCGUCCAGCGCGUCGUUACCCACCCCACGAACUGGAGCGUUCAUACCACUGCUCUCAUCCUGCGUGCCCGCCUCGAGUCGCACCGCUCGCGAACAGUUGAGCGUUCGGCUCUCCAGCUCGCCGCGCUCAUCGACCAGAUGCCGACGUCCGACUCAGAGCCCGCCGAGCGGUUGCAGUACUUCCACCAGCUGCCGCUUCCGUCCAAGUGGGAGAUGGAGAAGGAGCUCGCGAAGCGUUAUCUGUCUCUCGGUGUUAUCCGCAGUGCGCUCGACAUUUUCACGAGGCUCGAGAUGUGGGAGGACGCUGUCGCGUGUCUGCAGCACAUGGAGCGCGAGGCCGAGGCUGAGCGUAUCGUCCGCGACCUCCUCGAGGGACGGAAGCUGGAGUCGGACGUCGUUCAGGCGAUGGGCCGUGCUAGUCUCUCUGACGCUCGCCGCGAGAAGCUCGGCUGGGCGCGUGAGGCGAAGCUGUGGUGUCUUCUCGGCGACCUGGCGCUCAACUCGGACGAUGCGCCGAAGAACCCGACCAAGGCCCGGGAGACUGCCAUCGAGUACUACAACAAGGCGUGGGAGGUUUCUCGCCACUCGUCUUCUCGCGCGCAGCGCUCGCUCGGUACGCUUUACACGAGCGCCCAGGACUUUGAGGCCGCCGUUCCUGCCUUCCGUCAUGCCCUCGCCAUCAACCCGCUCUACGCUCACGCUUGGUUCACGCUCGGUGUGUGUCUCAUGCGCCUGGGCCGCUGGGCCGAGGCUCGCGACGCCUUCAAGCGCCAGGUCGGCGUCGCCGAGGAUGAUUCGGAGGGUUGGAACAACCUCGCGGCCGUCUACCUGCGGAUGAACGAGGAGGGUGUUCCGGAGGGCGAGAAGCCGCCGCCGGUCAGCUUUGAGAACAAGCAGCUCGCGUACCACGCGCUGCGCUCUGGUCUUCGCUCCUCCUACAACAACUGGCGCAUGUGGGCCAACUACAUGGUCGUCGCCAUCGACGUCGGUGAGCUGAACGAGGCGGCGCGCGCACAGGCCCGUGUCGUCGAGGAGAUGUUCGUCAAGGACCCUGUCGUUGCCGUCGACCCCGAUGUGCUCGACAAGCUUGUCGACAGUGUGACCCGCGAUGAGUGGAACGGCGGUGAGCCCGCACAGCCGCCCACGACCUCGAACGAGGGCUGGGGCCUGUACCCCGUCGUGGACCGGUUGUUCGAGAAGACGAUCCUGCCUCGCAUCUCGGACAACCCGCGAGUCUGGCGUGCGCACGCCCGUCUCCUGCGCUGGAAGGAGGACUGGGCCGGCGCCAUCGACGACUAUAUCCGCGCGUACCGUGCCGAGGUGGCGGAUGACGAGCGUGUCGAGCGCGACGUCAAGCGCUGGCGCGAGGCUGUCAACUCGAUCGAGGACCUGGUCGCUACGCUCGAGCAGCUCGGUCCCCGCGUCCCCAAGGUCGAGGGCAAGAAGGGCGGAGACUGGCGCUUCCAGGCCCGCGGUAUCGUGCGUACAUUCAUGGGCCGGACGAGGAAUGCCUUCGAGAACGAGCCAGAGUGGGACCGCCUCAAGGACCUCCUCGACGAGCUCAAGCGCGCCGACUAG